UACAGCACAAACUGGGCCGGAGCCGUAAUCGCACUGGACCCGAGCACCGACACCAACACCAACACCAGCACCAACACGAACACCACGCGCUUCACCUCCAUCAGCGCAACAAUCACCGUCCCCACACCAGCGCCCCUCCCAGCAAACAGCACAGACUAUCAGACCGCCUCAGCCUGGAUCGGACUCGACGGCGGCGAGAGCCACACCAGCACCACCAGCACCACCACCACCACCACCAACGCGAUCCUCCAAACCGGCGUAGACCUCUACGUAAUCGACGGGCAGGCGUACACGGACCCGUGGUAUGAAUGGUACCCUGAUUUCGCGCGGUACUAUGACGAGUUCGUGGUGAAUCCCGGGGACGAGCUUGGGGUGUCGGUGACGGCGGACCCCGGCGGGAGGGUUGGGGUGUGUGUGGUUGAGAAUCGUAGCUCUGGGGCCUCGGUUACGCAGACGCUGACGGCGCCCAAGUCGACGGCUACGUUGGCUGGGCGCACGGCGGAGUGGGUGGUUGAGGGGUUUGCGUCCGCUCUGGAUGAGGCGGAUGCGGUGCCGUUUGUCGGGUUUGAGCCUGCUGUUGGCUUUCGGGAGUGUGCUGCGGUUGCUGGGGGGAAGGCGUAUUCGUUGCUGGAUGCGACGGCCUUGUAUGAGAUUGUG